UGGCUGCACGCAUGCGCAAUACAACUCGUCGCACACCGAGUUCCGGUGCAGACGCUGGAUCUGCUAAGAGCGUCGUUUAAUACACACAUUAAACGUCAUAGUUGACUUUUUUUUAUUUCAACUUUGUUACCGCGGGAAGUGGGACAACAAAGAUGCCUGAGACGGAGAGUUAUUCCAACCCUCUGGCCCCCGAGGGUCACGAUGUGGACGACGGCCGGGCUGCCGCGCAGUCAAAGUUGACAAAUGACGACUUCAGGAAGUUGCUGAUGACGCCACGUGCCACGCCUUCUUCGGCCCCGCCCUCCAAGUCCAGACAUCAUGAAAUGCCGAGGGACUACAAUGAAGAUGAAGAUCCCGCGGCAAGGAGACGGAAGAAGAAGAGCUACUACGCUAAGCUACGCCAGCAGGAAAUGGAACGAGAGAGAGAACUGGCCGAGAAGUAUCGAGAUCGGGCUCGAGAGCGCAGGGACGGCGUCAACAAAGACUACGAAGAGACCGAACUGAUCAGCACCACCGCCAACUACCGAGCCGUCGGACCCUCGGCCGAGGCGGAUAAGUCAGCGGCAGAAAAACGUCGGCAGCUGAUCCAGGAGUCCAAGUUUUUGGGUGGUGACAUGGAGCAUACUCACUUGGUGAAAGGUCUGGACUUUGCUCUGUUGCAGAAGGUGAGAGCAGAAAUCUGCAGCAAAGAGAAGGAAGAAGAAGACAUGAUGGAGAAAGUCCAGAAGGAGGCCAAGAAAGAUGUCGAACCCGAGGAGAAGAUUGAGUUUAAGACUCGUAUCGGUCGGAGUAUCUACCGCAUGGUGUUCCGCUCCGGUCAGAUGGAGAGGAACGAGCUCUUCCUGCCGGGCCGGAUGGCGUACGUGGUGGACCUGGACGACGAGUUCACCGACACCGACAUUCCCACCACGCUCAUUCGCAGCAAGGCCGACUGUCCCAGCAUGGAGGCUCAGACCACCCUGACCACCAACGACAUUGUUAUCUCCAAGCUGACUCAGAUUUUGUCUUACCUCCGCCAAGGAACUCGUCACAAGAAGAUCAAGAAGAAGGACAAAGGUAAAGUUGAUGAAAAAAAAGCUCCAGAGGCUGAUCUCAGCAUCUUUGAUGACAUCGGUGACUAUGUGGCAUCCUCGGCGUCCUUGUCCAAACCUCCAAAAGACAAAGAGAGACACAGAGAGCGAGAGAGAGAGAAAGAGAAAGAGCGGGACAGAGAAGAGGAGAAGAACCGCAGACACACCUACUUUGACAAAGCUCAUGGAGACCAAAACCAGGCGAUGGAGGUGGAGUCAGGUCCAGGAUCAGUCGGAGAUCAGAUCAAGUUGAUCAAUGAAAAGUUUGCUGGAGCAGCAGGCAGCCAAUGGCAGGGCCAGGAUCCCUCCUUGCCUCAGAGGAGAGAUGCUAAAGAACAUUUGGGAGAUUUCUUCGGAGGAUCAAACUCCUACGCUGAAUGUUACCCUGCUACUAUGGAUGACCUGGCAGUGGACAGUGAUGAGGAAGUUGACUACAGUAAGAUGGACCAGGGCAACAAAAAAGGGCCGCUGGGUCGUUGGGACUUUGACACCCAGGAGGAAUAUUCCGACUACAUGAACAACAAGGAAGCGCUGCCCAAGGCGGCGUUCCAGUACGGCAUCAAGAUGUCAGAAGGCCGGAAGACUCGCCGCUUCAAGGAGACCAACGAGAAGGCGGAGCUUGACCGCCAGUGGAAGAAGAUCAGCGCGAUCAUCGAGAAGCGGAAGAAGAUGGAGGCCGACGGGGUGGACGUGAAACGACCCAAAUACUGAAGCAUCUGCCCAAGGUCAAAGUUUGUUCUUGCCUGUGUGUUUUUUUGUUUUUUUUCAAAGACUGUUUGUGAUAAUAGUUGUGACUUGACAAUUAAAAUAAAGUAUUUUUGGUCAAAUGAAAA